AUAUACUGCCUACUGCAGCUUUAAAGCCUGACUGCAGCCUGCUGAGCACACCUGGUGCUGUGGAACAGAGAUAAUGGUGUUUCUCGUGGCUUUCCUCUGCUUGUUGUCUGUGUGGGACCUUUCCUGGUCCGGUCUGUCCUCCGGUGUGUUGUGCGGUUACUGCUACCGGUUACCGGUUGUUUCUCCGUCACAUCUCUGCACCGUUUGACCACAAAGCGACCCGGUGGAAACAUCAACCGACCUCCUCUGCUGGAUAAAUACCUGCCAAGCCGGAGAAGCAUGUCCACCGCUCUGGAGAGCUACAUCAACCGUACUGUGGCCAUCAUCACCUCAGACGGCAGGAUGAUUGUGGGCACUCUGAAGGGCUUCGAUCAGACCAUCAACCUGAUCCUGGAUGAGAGUCACGAGCGGGUGUUCAGCUCCAGUCAGGGGGUGGAGCAGGUGGUGCUGGGACUCUACAUCGUCAGAGGAGACAACGUGGCGGUGAUCGGGGAGAUUGACGAAGAGACAGACUCCACUCUGGAUUUAGGAAACAUCAGAGCCGAGCCGCUCAACUCUGUCGUCCACUGACCUCUGACCUCUGACCCUCCCCCCCCAAUGACAGCAUGACUCAGCUGUGUGUGUUACAGGAUCCUGUUUACUGAUGCAGGUUUAUUGAGUUAUCUGGAUCAGAUGAGGCCUCCUCAUAUCUGCAAUACUCCUCAAAUCUGAAGUUAAAUUAAAAUAAAAAAUAACCAGAAAACUCACUAACCCUUCUGCCACUAACAGACUCCUGUACUGACAUUUUUCUGUUUGUAUUUUUUUAUAUAAAAAAAAAGAAUUGCUAGAGUUGUUAGAUUAACUUUUUUAUGCUUGGAGUCAGUUUUUGUCAGAUUUGAGAUUUGUUUAAAUAAAGUUUCAUUUCUCAUAUUUCAACCAAA